AUGAAUCAGUUAAUUGUGGUCAUUUUCCAUCUCAGUUUGGUUCUGCUUCAUGUCGAAGCAGACACGACAAACCAGUCGGAGCAUUCUUCGUCGGAAAAUCCAACUCUUCAACCAAGCCUUGCUGUUGUUAUAGGAUUGCUGGGUGUUAUGUCUGUGAUAACUUUUCUUCUACUUGUAUAUGUAAAAUUCUGCAAUACAACUACAGAGUCUGCGGGUACAAAUCCGCCGCAGAAUAAUAUAGGACUAAUUAGCUCAAGCAAUAGAUUUUCAGGCAUAGACAAGACAGUGGUUGAGUCACUUCCUUUCUUCAGAUUCUCAUCCCUUAAGGGCUCAAAGGAAGGCCUGGAAUGUGUAGUCUGUCUAUCGAAAUUCGAAGAUGUCGAAGUUCUUCGAUUGCUGCCAAAUUGCAAACACGCCUUUCACGUGAACUGCAUUGAUAAUUGGCUUGAGAAGCACUCGAGCUGUCCUCUUUGCAGGCAAAAAGUGAGCUCUGAGGAUUUGAAACUCAUCACUUACUCAAAUAGUAUGAGAUUCUUAUCGAACAAACAAUCAGAGCUGAGAGAAGACUCAAACAACAUGGAGUUAUUUGUCGAGAGAGAAGAAAGCCAUGGAGGGUCAUCAAGAUUCAGCAUAGGAAGCAGCUUUAGGACGAUUCAUGAAAAGGGUCAUCAUAAAGAAGAGGAAUUGUUAAUCCAACAAGAAACCGAAGCAGAUCAGAAAGUUUUCCAUAAGCACAACCACAAGAUAACUGUAUCAGACUUCCUCUUCAACAGCAGGUGGAGCAAUUUGAGUUCUUCUGACCUCAUAUUCUUGAACUCCGAGAUGCUCAACGACAUGUCAAGCAGUCGAUUCUCUUCGACGGAUUGGAACAAGGACAUGUCGUCUACUGGAAAAGUGGAAGAGAAUGAGGAAAUCAUGGAGGUCAAGAAAGAAGUGGAGUUCAGAAAAUCGUUUCAGAGCAAGGUUGGAGUAACAAGUACUUCAGCUUCAAGCUCUAUGUUGAAUUCCGGUGAGAAAAGAUCAGUCUCGGAAAUCACUUCUCUUUCAAGAUAUCGCGAUUUCGGAGUGAAGAACAGAAUCACAGAGUCUUGUUCUGUGUUUGAAAAUAAUGUGAAAGAGGAAAGAACCAGAAAGAUUUGGUUGCCUAUUGCAAGAAGAACAGUCCAACGGUUUGCCAACAAAGAGAAAAGCUCAAAACGACAGUCGUUGGAUGUAUGA